GGGGCCUGCGCGGGUGUUAGGUUAGCGCGAGGCGUGACCUAGUUGACAGGCUCUGAGGUGCUGCUGUGGUGGCUGCCGCGGGGCUGAGGCAGGUGGGAGCCGGAACCAAGUGCGUACAGAGGGAGGAGGGCGGCGACUGGAGAGCGGCGAGCGGCGCGGGACCCGGAGCCUCUUCCACUUUUUCCCUCCCGAGCGCCCCCUCCCACCCCUCCCACUCCGCAUACACCCUGUUUGCCCGUGAGCCUGGGGAACUUGCAGCUUAAAGCCAGCCACCCCCACAGCAACAUGUACCCCAGCAACAAGAAGAAAAAGGUGUGGAGAGAGGAGAAAGAACGUUUGCUGAAGAUGACCGUAGAGGAGAGACGCAAAGAAUACCUAAGGGACUAUGUUCCCUUGAACACCAUCCCAUCAUGGAAAGAGGAGAUGAAGGGCAAGAGUCAAAAUGAUGAAGAAAAUACUCAGGAAACAUCACAGGUGAAGAAAAGUUUGAGUGAAGAAGUUUCUCUCUAUAGAGGUGACAUCACAUUGCUAGAGGUAGAUGCUAUAGUCAAUGCUGCAAAUACCAGUCUUCUUGGAGGUGGAGGUGUGGACGGCUGUAUUCACAGAGCAGCUGGCCCCUGUUUGGUCGCUGAAUGUCGUAACCUGAACGGCUGUGAAACUGGACAUGCAAAAAUCACGUGUGGCUAUGACCUGCCUGCAAAAUAUGUUAUCCAUACCGUAGGACCAAUAGCCAGAGGCCAUAUUAAUGGUUCCCACAAGGAAGACCUUGCAAAUUGCUAUAAAUCAUCUCUGAAACUGGUGAAAGAAAAUAACAUCCGAUCAGUUGCAUUUCCCUGCAUCUCAACAGGCAUUUAUGGUUUUCCAAACGAGCCUGCUGCAGUCGUCGCCCUCAGCACCAUUAAGGAAUGGCUGGCCAAGAAUCAGCACCAGGUGGAUCGGAUCAUCUUCUGUGUCUUCCUAGAAGUCGACUUCAAAAUCUACAAAAAGAAAAUGAGCGAGUUUUUCCCUGCAGAUGAUAAUGAAGAAGAAGACAUUGACAUGAAAGAAGAUUCAGAUGAGAACGGUCCACAGGAAAAGCCAAGUGCCAAAGAAAUGGAAGGGCAGGGCCAAGAAGCAGAUGGUGCCAGCGCUGCCACCGUGCCGAGCCCUUCUUCAGAAGAGGCAGCUGAAGUCUGUAAAGAUGAAGAUUCUGCAAAGGAUGACAAUAUUACAGAAGAAAAUGAAGUAACAGAUCAUUCUAUAUGUGGCCAAGAUCAUCCCAAUGGACAAAAGAAUGAUUCAGUGAAGAAUGAAAUAAACAUUGAGGCAGAGUCCCAGAGCUCAUAUAUGGAAACAGAAGAGCUUUCAUUGAACCAAGAAGAUAUCACGAUCUUGGAGCAGCAAGAAGUGAUUCCACUAACAGAUGACCAAGAAGGAAAAGAAGGUGAAAAAGCGCAAGGCGAGGACACACCUAGAGUUCCUGUGAAAAGCGAAGGCUCUGGUGACACAGAAAAUUCUACAAGUCCUGAUGUUGAAAUGAAUAAUCAGGUUGACAGUGUAAAUGACCCAACAGAGAGUCAGCAAGAAGAUUAAUAGGGGCACAAGAUGAAGCAAAGGAACAAAGAAAUGGAAGUAAAUGACAGUCCUCAGCAUUGCAGGCCUCCCGGGCCCCGGGGGGUGGGGGGUGGGGUGGUGGUGGUGGAAAAAGACACCUGCGUGCCCUGUGGGGGAGGGGGGGGAGGCGAGUCCCACGGAAGGAUGGGGAAUCCUUUGCUCUAAUUUCUCCAGCCGCAUUUUGUUCUGUUUACCGGCAGAAAGAGAAAGAAAAAAAGGAAAAAAAAAAAAGUUUUAUUUGGUGGGGGGACCCACGUGAAUGCAUCUUUCAGGCACUAUUCCUGUCAUUUCUGUCUUUUCUCUCACGACUCUGCCCCAGGGUCCCAGUGGCACGUGUGACAUACAUGUGUAUCCUGGCUCCUGUCUGCUUUCUCAGUUAUUUCACAAAGCUGGUUGGUACAGUGGUUUCUUCCAAGAAAGAGAAGGAAGGUGACUGUUUGGUAAGCUGCAGGCUGCAUUUCAGGAACCAUCAAACCCUGUAUUAGAAUCCAUGGAUGAAGGAGGCAGGAUAGAAAAUGGGCAAAACCAUCAGAAAUCACUUGGAAAAAGGUCAGGACGAUGAGUUAAAAAUGGUGUUUUAUUCCGGGAUUCCCAAGGUACGGUGUUGUUGCGUGUGGUUGUCAGGAGGAUUGUGGAAGUAGAGUUUAAUCCGGAGCAGAGCGUGGAGGCAUCACAAGGAAGGUGGGCCCUGGCUGCUGUCAGGUCUUCCUUGGUAGCAGGACGGCAGGUGAGUUCUUCUCUGACACCGACUUUCAGCAGAGCUCACCUGGUUCAGGAGGUCUUUACUGGGUGCUUCACAUGGAGCCCCCCUGGGAGAUGUAUGUAACUCCUUGUGACACAACUGUAUGGGGUGGUACUUCUCUAGGCAUUUUAGUUAAGAGACAGGAGGCUGCUGCAUUUAGGAUCCAAGCAUCCGCCUAUGAAUAUGAAAAGUUCCACUUGAAAUCUCUCUUUAUAGAUAUGUUUCUCAUAAAAGAACAUCUUGUCUUCACCCAGGGACUGAUGACCCACAGAGCAGAUUCUCAUUUGAAGUUAGAGGCGAUUAGAGGUCUUGCUUGUAGUUCUGGCUUCCUGGUUUGCUUUUACAUGGUGUGUUUUUGUUCAUGCUGAGUCCAAGACUAACUUGAUGGCUAGUCCCCUCUCCCAGCGCACACUGAAGGAGAGUAGCAGUAGUAAUAAGCCAAGAUGUCAGUGAUACAGUGGGCAUGAGGGGUGAAGGGCCCAGGAGGAAGUUAGAAGUCGUCACAAAUGUCUAUCCUAGGGCCAACGUGGACAGAAGCCUCAGGACGCAAGACACCUGCUUCCCACAGCCUCCCCGGCUCUAAGACCAAUCUGUUUGUUUCUCUGGCAACUCGCACUAUUUCUUCCAUAUCUUCUUAAAUCCACCUUCCUUAUAAGGGCUUUAGAACUAUAAGUAAGUUAGCUGCAUAUUUUUUCUUUGUAGAGGGAGAAAAGCAAUGGCGAGCGUUUCUACAAUAAAAGGGUGUUCUGCUUUCUAAAUAUUCCAUGGAGUUCUUCAGUUUUGCUCUUUCCUCUAAAGAAAAUUCACCUUAUCUUUCUAUGAAUUUUGUUUUGGCCUUUCUGAAUUUGUUGCCUCCCUGGAUGGCUUACUUGGUCUAUUGGAACAAUUAACAAGUUGUAUUUCUACCUGUGUAAUAUGUUUUAACACCCUCAGUUUUUUAAGCUGCUCAUCAACCUAGCAGCAACAAUAUUUAAGUGACCCCGUGAUUUCAGAACAUGCUAAUUUCCCCUUCUGCCAUUAUUCCACGGUUUGAUACAGAAACUGUUACGUCCUCUACUGCCAUUAGACAUCGCUUUGUAGAAAAACAAGGAAAAGCCUCGUUUUCAAUAAUCCAGGAAAUGAUGCCAUGGGAAUACUGACAGUUUCUAGAUGUCAUGUCAUUUUUUUUUUUUUUUUUUUUUUUUGCGGUACGCGGGCCUCUCACUGUCGUGGCCUCUCCCGUUGCGGAGCACAGGCUCCGGACGCGCAGGCUCAGCGGCCAUGGCUCACGGGCCCAGCCGCUCCGCGCGCGGCAUGUGGGAUCUUCCCGGACCGGGGCACGAACCCGUGUCCCCUGCAUCGGCAGGCGGACUCUCAACCACUGCGCCACCAGGGAAGCCCUCAUGUCAUCGUUAUAACUUAACUGAAAGUCGCCAUCAUUCUUGUGAAGUACUUGACAGGCACAAUCUUCUGGGAGCACAUUUUCCUAUGACUCCUAAGCAUUAGUGCUACUCGUGCUCAAUAAUGAGUUAAGUUGAAAAGUACAGGAGGAGGCAGGAAGGAUGGAGAUUUUCUUUAAUGGACAAAGAUGAAAGAGACCUAAUGUCUCUGGUAGGAACAGUAGGGAUCAGAAUUACUUCAGUCCUGGUGUUGCCUUUGACAUCAAUGAUAGCCAUUCAUUCAUUUUCAAUGUGGGUGGGGUAGGAAUGAGAGGAGGGAGGGCUCUGCCUGAAAACUAUAGAAAAAGAAAGUCAGCUCUGUAUCCAGGAAACUGAGUGAGGAGUAAGUAUGAUCAGUCCCACUCUUGAAUUUGUUUACACUUGACUUUAUGAUUAGAUUGUGUUUUCAUUUUUGCCUCAUUAUGAUUUUGGGUUGCUAUUUGGCGGUAAUAUUGUAUGCUUUAGGACAAAUAAUGAAGUGAAUUUCCAUUUCAAUAGUAAAAUAUUAAAAAUCUAGCUCUUGGCCAGAUCGAAGACACCCACGACACAGGAAACCAUUAUUUCACUGGUGCUGUCAUUGCACAGACUGUACAAUGGAAAGUUUGAAAGGCUGAUUGAAUUCUCUGGAACAUGAAUUCUGUAUGUCAGUUUCCAACCACAAUCCAGCCAGGCUAGGUGGUAUGAGGGUUUACAGGAGGGAGAGUGGGACCAAGGUAGGCUUUCCACAUAAUAGAUCUAAUUAAAAAGGUACUUGUUUUAGGAGAGACAAAGGAUGUGUCCUCUAGCUGGUAACUAUUCAGACGAUGGACAAGCCUUCUUUCGUAAAAGCUUACAAAGGCGGUGUCCAAAACACGGUCUAUGAUACUGGGUCACCUGUUAGUCAGCGCAGCUAAUUGUACAUCUUUCUAUGAAACACUGAAAAGCCUCUUUGUGAAUUAAUACAGUUCCGCUUGAUGCAGUUGAUUUGAAAUGACAUUUCUCUGUAUGUGGUGCAUGUCGGCUUUGCUUUGACAAAUAACAAAGUUAGCAGAAUAUGUUCAAUAUAUUUUCUUGGGGAAUAGGGUUUUUAUCAUAUGAUUCAUUAAGGAUUUGCCUUACCCUGACAUUUGUGAUAUAAAGGAAAAUCAGAAAAAAAGUAAUUUUCUUGAUCAAGAUAUGUUUUUACUUAAUGCAAAUAAAUGUAGUCUGUUGCUUGCAAGGGAAAAAAUAAUGUCUUCUGAGAUCUGGUAUAAACUGCUAAAUAGAAUAAUAUGUGCCUCUUUUGUUAAACCAGCGUUUAAAUACUGGACUGCUUCUAAAUACGUUUGUUUCUUUUCAUGUGUACCAUACACUAAAAAACUUAAACAACUGUUGCCUUCAUACUAUAUUUGUUAGAGCAGAAUACGAAUAAAAUUUGUUUGAGAAGAUAAGGUGGAA